AUGAAGAAAAGAUUAAUUAAAGCCAAUAAAUAAAAUAGACCAUUACCAAAUUGGUUCAGAUAUAGAACUGACAAUACAAUCAGAUAUAAUUCAAAGAGAAGACACUGGAGAAGAACUAAGCUUAAUAUCAAUUGA